CACAUAUACAUAACACCUUGCAAAACCACUGAUCUCUUGUACAGGAUCAUUCAAAAUAAACUUGUAUAUAAACGUCAAACAAGAAUUUAUGCAAAUGGAGAUUAACCAGACCACUGUAGAAUCAAUUUUAUUAUCAUCGUCCAGUAUUUCACCAUGUUCUGCAAAUGAAAUUGCUAUAAGACCAGGUGACUGCGUUGAAAGAGGUGUCGAAGGAUGGCUUGAGGAUGAAACUUUAGCAGGAUUUCGCGUUUGGCAUUUGGCAGGAAUAAUUUUAUCUAUUUUACUUAGCAUAAUUAUUGGAUUAUGUUGUUGCAUUCGAUUCAGAGUACCAAGAACAAAACAGGAAAUAGAAGAGGAUUAUAUUAGAAAGAAAAUAACAAGAACUUUUAGAGAGGAGUUAUCCAAAGUUAAAUUUUCAGAAAUGGAUGAGAUGGAUUUACGAUUAGCAGUAGACGUAAUACGUAAUGAAGUUAAUGCUCUAGUAUGUGGAUUGCAGAAGGAGGAUGAAAAAAAUGCAAAUGACAAACCUGAAGAAAGUGUACAAACACGAUUUAAUACUUUAUUUACUGGUAACCGUGACCAUCUUGAUAAUAAAUGGUAAAUGGAAGCGCACUGAUAGUAAUAAUAUAAUUUAGAAUAUUUUUAAAUAAAAGACAUUAUAAUUUAA